AUGAAGACAGAUGAAAUUCAUCAGCAACUCGACGUACCUCCCACUAAGCAGGAAGUAGAGACAGCUAGACAGGUGAAGCCGUUGAGGAUGCCGCAUUUCAUCCGAGCUCGUGGUAUUGCAAACGUCGAAGAAGCGCCCUACUCGAAAAGAUACAUCGUAAUUCUACAGAUUGUAUUCUUUACGAUCCUCGGAACGAUAUCUCGAUUGGCCAUGAUCCGGCUUACCAACUAUGAAGGUGCAUACAUAAACUAUUCGCUAGGAACAUGUCUCUGGUGUAACUUCACCAGUUGUUUUGUACUAGGACUAUGCAACAACCUAUUUACUUUCUGGAGUUCAGUACUUAAAGGAUCCAAUAAGACCAAUAUGAAGCAGUUUGCCAUGCAUACUGGAAUAACGUUUGGUUUCUGUGGUGCUUUCUCCAGUUUGGCUGCUCUUCUAGUUGAAGCCACAUUCAAAGCUGACAACAUCGUUUCAGGUGGCUAUAACGCCUCUUCUCGUGGCUAUGGAGCCACUGAGUUUUUUGGAGUGAUCUUUGUUCAAAUGGGUGUCUGUGUUUUGGGUUAUCUUUUGGGUAAGGACACUGCAGCCUUGUUGGACAUCUUUAAGGGGACCGCCUUGCUGGCCAGGUACUGGAAAUACAGAAACGUAAGAAUAGCAGAGAACAUUUUUGCUGCCUUGGGUCUAUUGGGUAUCAUAGGAAACAUCUUGGCUGUAGGGUUACUACCUCUCUCCAACAGCUAUAAAAAGCAUUACGCCAUUCCUGUUCUCCUAGGAAUUCCCGGAAGCCUUUUAAGAUUCCAUCUCUCCUGGAUGAAUGGUGCGCUUUCUCUGGCAGACUGGUUUCCUUUAGGUACUUUGGUAUCCAAUAUGUGCUCUACUACCAUUAUGGGGGCUCUCAAUAUUCUCUUAUAUGGCUACUAUGAUAAGGCCGAAGGGACAAUGAUUGUCACCGUUCCAGUGCAACGUAUCGUAGUCAAGGCGUUUGAAACUGGCUUCUGUGGAUGUCUCAGCUCCAUUGCUUCCGUGAUGAAUGAAUUGUACAAUCUUGACCAUCCCGUUCAGAGGUACACCUACUCUUUCAUUACCUUCCUAUGCUGCUGGCUUCCUAUAUUUAUCAUCGGUAGUGCCUACAAUUGGACCCGAGGUUUCAACACGGACUACGGUGUAUAA